AUGGCCCAGGAAUUCAAGCUCAAGGGCCUCGAUAAGCUCGACUUGAAAGACCUCGACAAGAUAGAGGUGGAGGUUGACGGCAUUGAAGGUGGAAAAGUCCUUUUGUGCAAUGUUAACGGCCAGGUGCACGCACUGAAUGCCAACUGCACGCAUUAUGGCGCUCCGUUGAAGAUGGGGGUCUUGACGUCCGAGGGCAGAUUGACCUGUCCCUGGCAUGGAGCCUGCUUUAACGUCCACAACGGCGACGUCGAAGACUCACCUGCCCCCAUGGCGUUGAACAAAUUUAAUGUGGUUGAGAAAGACGGUGGUGUAUACAUCACGGGGAAAGAGGCAGACAUCAAAGGUGGAAAGAGGACAGUCAACAUCAAGACCACUCCUUCUUCUCAAGAGAGGCUGGUUGUCGUUGGAGGCGGAUCUGGAACAUUCGGCGCCCUUCUUAAACUCCGCGAACUGGGCUACAAGGGCCAUAUCACAGUCAUCACCCAUGAAGGCUAUCCGAUUGAUCGCACAAAACUCUCCAAGGCCCUCAUCACCGACGCCUCGAAGCUCUACCUGCAACCCGAGGAGUGGUACGCCGACGGCUCGGUGGAAUUCUUUCCUGACACCGUCACCUCCGUCGACUUUGAUGGCAAAACUGUUCAAACAAAGACAGGCAAAUCUCUUCCAUAUACGAAACUCAUCCUCGCCACCGGGGGGACACCGCGUCAACUCCCUCUCCCUGGUUUCAAGGACAAUCAACUGGGCAACAUCUUCCUGCUGCGGAAAGUCAGCGAUGUGCAAAACAUCAUGAACGCCGUCGGCGACAAGGGCAAGAAGAUUGUCAUUGUCGGCUCAAGCUUUAUUGGUAUGGAAGUUGGCAACGCCCUGGCCAAAGACAAUUCGGUAAGUAUCGUGGGCAUGGAAUCCGCUCCCCUUGAGCGCGUAAUGGGAACCGAGGUGGGGAAGAUCUUCCAGCGCAUGCUCGAAAAGAAUGGCGCAAAGUUUUACCUAAACGCAGGAGUGGAUUCCGCCUUGCCGGCAUCCAAGGUCGCCAAUACCGUGGGAUUGAGUUCUGUGGGCGCCGUCAAACUGAAAGAUGGCACCGAACUCGAAGCCGAUCUCGUCAUCUUGGGAAUUGGCGUGUUCCCUGAAACGACAUACCUUCGCAACAAUCCCAAAGUGCAACUCGAGAAAGACGGCAGUAUUUCGGUUGACGAAAACUUUGCGGUCAAAGGCCUACAAGAUGUUUGGGCCAUUGGCGACAUUGCCACCUACCCCUACCACGGCCCAGGAGGAAACGGUACCCCCGUGCGCAUUGAACAUUGGAACGUCGCACAGAACAUGGGUCGCGCUGUGGGCCAGUUGAUCGCUCAACCAGGCAGCAAGCCUAAGCCUUUCAUUCCGAUCUUCUGGUCCGCCCUUGGGAGCCAGUUGAGGUAUUGUGGCGCCACACCGAACGGGUGGGACGAACUGGUGUUGAAAGGAGAGCCAGAGAACAACAAGUUUGCGGCAUUUUAUUGCAAGGGCGACACAGUGGUGGCGAUGGCAAGCAUGAUGAUGGAUCCCAUAAUGGUCAAGUCUGCCGAGUUGAUGAGACGAGGGAAGAUGUUAAGCAAGAGCGAUAUCCAGGGUGGGAAGGAUAUCUUUGCGGCGACUUUGUGA